UGAUGAUGCCGCUGCUGCUGCUGCUGCUGCUGCUGCUGCUGCUGGGUAAAACCACGCAAGCCACUGUGGCUCGGCUUGUACAGUAUAUUUUAUUCCAAGGUUUAUUGUCAUCAGUGAGGUCCAGUACUUCAUCGUCAUCCACCUCCGACUCCUCCUCCUCCUCCUCCUCCUCCUCCUCCUCUCAGCCACUGCAGGCCGCGCGCCACAUGAAGUCCUGGACGCACAGCAGCAACAGGGACAUUUCAUUAUCAUUACUAUUAUUAUCAUCACACUGCAAUUCAUCCACGGCAUCACCAAUGAAUCCAAGAGGGUUCCCUGCGACGUGACACGGUCGCCAUCAUUGAUAAGAUCCAGGUAUAUUUAUAUAUAUAUAUAUAUAAAUGAUAUAUGCUGCCCUUCAAGGUACUUACUGUACGUGAAA